AUGAUAAAAGUUGAACCUAAAUCGAACUACAAAAGAAUUGACGCUAAAGCUAGUCCAAGUAUCGGACUCUGUACCAACUCUGACUUUACAGACAAUUACAUUCACACAGGUUCACCUCCAAUAUCCCAUGUUGAAAACAGCGUGAAUCCCCUAGAAGGAUACCCCAAACUUCAGAAACUCCGUCAGCUAAAAAGCAAGCAAGUUGCAGACCACGCAACCAGGCCUUUUGGGUGUAGAAGGAAGCCAGAUCAAAUAAUUCCAACAGUAGAAAAAUGGAUAGUCGAGAACAAACUUCAAUUCGAUGUAAUAAUGAUUGGUGCUCUAGCAGAUAACCAGUUCAUCUAUCCCUUUCUCAGCCAACUACCUCUUCACAAGCUCUGCUCAAAACCAGGCUUUUUGUUUAUCUGGGCAUCUACACAAAAAAUCAGAGAAUUGACCAAGCUAUUGAAUUCUGAAUAUUGGGGGAAAAAAUUCAGAAGGUCAGAAGAACUUGUGUUUGUUCCUUUAAAAAAGAAUUCUGCCUACUAUCCAAAGACAGAAUUUCAUCAUGACGACAGUAGUGUACCCUUGUUUGAAAGGCAGCAAUGGCACUGCUGGAUGUGUAUUACCGGCACUGUCAGAAGAUCUUCAGAUUACCAUUUGAUUCAUUGUAACAUUGAUACAGAUCUUCAAAUGGAAAGCAUAACUCCAGAAAGAGAAUCGAAUCAUGAAAACAAUGCAAUUCCAGAGAACUUGUACAGAGUAGUAGAGAAUUUCUCCAACUCAAAUAGAAGGUUGCAUAUAAUUCCAUCCUACUUAGGAAUUAAUAUGCCAGUUAGAUUAAGACCUGGUUGGGUUAUCUUGCUGCCCGAUUGUAUAAUGGAUAAUUUCAAUCCAGAUAAAUACCAGUCAGAGUUAUUAAGAAAAUCUACUAUUAAAAGUAGGUCUUCAUCAAAUGGCAGUCCCCACUAUUUGGUUCCUCAAACGGAUGAAAUAGACGAACUUAGACCAAAGAGUCCUCCUCCAUCAGGAAACAGGCGCAGAAACGAUUAG